AUGAGCUCGCUCGAGGAGCAGCUGAUCCUCUACGGCGGCGGCGCCGGCGCCGGCGCCGGCGACGGCCUCCUCUUCGGCGCCGAGGCGGCGGAGGAGCGGAUCAAGUCGUUGCUCGGCGAGGGCGAGCGGGGCGGGCUGAUGCGGCGGCGGGUGAUGCGGCGGCCCGUGGGGAGUGCGGCGCUCUCGUUUGGGGAGCGGGACGCCGACGGCGGCGCCCUCUCGCCGCUCGCCGUCGCGGAUCCGCUCUCCGACCUCCUGAGCCACAUCAGCGCCUCGCACGCCGGAGGCGAGUCGCGCGCGCACUGCCCGCGGCGCGCAGCGGGCCUUGCACACUGCGAUCGGCCCGCCUCGCCCUGCAGGCGAGCCGUGGUGGUGCGCGCGUUGCUGCGCGGCUCGCUCGAGGGAGGGCCGCUCGACGCGGAGCACGUCGACCCGCUGGGCGGCGGCGGUCAGCCGCGUGUGGCCGAGUCGACGGCCGAGGCUGCCGCGGGGCGAGGGGAGGUGGAGGGCCCGGGCGCCUCUGUGCGAAGGCGGGGCUGCGAGUGA